AGCGAUCGAUGAGCAAAUUUGUGAUCGAGCGAGCGAUUUAUGCACGAGCGGGAGCUGGAAGGGGAAGGAGAGGCGAGUGAUUAUUUGCGAUACCCAGCAGCCAUGGCGAACGAUUUAGUGCUGGACACGCAGAUCCGGGACUGGGUGCUGGCGCCCUUGUCGCUGGUGAUGGUGCUGAUCGGCGUGCUGCGCCACUUCGUGUCGAAGAUGAUGCGCACCACGCCCAACCCCGACCUCAAGGCUGUCAAGGAGGGGCAAAUCGUGCUGCGCGCUCGCUUUCUGAAGGCCGGUGCCAACCAUAUUCCCGCCAGAGCGUUCCAGAUGCGCAAAGCGUACUACAACAACGAGGAGAGUGGGCUGUUGCAUGUGCCGAAGGGCCAGGGCAAUAACAUGCAAGCGCAGAUGCUGUCGGACCCCAACAUGGCUAUGGACAUGAUGAAGAAGAACUUGUCGAUGAUCAUCCCCCAGACGCUCACGUUCGCUUGGGUGAACUUCUUCUUCUCGGGCUUCGUGGCGGCCAAAAUCCCCUUUCCGCUUACCCAGCGGUUCCGGUCCAUGCUGCAGAAUGGGAUUGAUCUCAGCUCCGUGGAUGUGAGCUACGUGAGCAGCCGGUCGUGGUAUUUCUUGAAUCUUUUCGGGCUACGGGGACUGUUUAGUUUGAUCCUCGGGGAAGACAAUGCGGUGGACGACACGCAGAGGAUGAUGCAGACGCAGAUGGCGAUGCAGAUGGGUGGGUUUGGGUCGGAUCCUGCCAAGACUCUCGGCGCGGAGAAAGAUGGGUUGGACUUGGUGCAGCAUGAGUGGGUCCUUCCUAAGAGCGAGCAACGAGCGGAGUCUGUGUUGAGGCAUCUGCUUCAGACCUAAACUUAAUGGAAUUAUUUUUUUUCUUUUGUUAUAUUUUUCUUUUUUUGAAGUGAAUGGAGAUUAGGGUUUGGGUCUAGUCUUGAAUAGUGUGAAAGAGGGGCAUCGCAUGUCAGCGAAGAGCACUCACGUUUGACACUGAAGAAAAUUUGUGAAUUUACACGGGAUUUAAUGUUCCUCUCCUCCCCCCGCCCUUUGCAUCUGUGGUGUAGCAUGGGACUUUGGUUGCAUUGCUUGUCUGAACACAAAGGGAUUGUACAUAGAAAUUUUCAUUAUAAAUGACCAGGUUUAUCAUUUAAGUGAAA